AAGAAGGGAUGAAUCUCUCGGGAAGCUGAGGCAAGAAUGGUUCUUGGAUAUCCCCGGGGAAAUUUCACUUUCUAGUAACAAACGUAUUAGCAUUGUGAAUAGUAGAGUUUUGUUCUACGAGCAGGUUAUUACUUCAUUUUGAUUUAUACGAGGCUUAUUACCGCGGUGACGUUACACUAACAGACAUUUCUACAAAUGCCGAGCACAUAUGCCAUCGUAUUGAAACGUCCGUAUGUAUAGACAAUACAUUGAAUCUGCACGUUCCUAUUCAUAUUCCUUCCUAUUAGUCUGGAUUGAUUUUUCUUCAGCUUUUAAUCAGAUCACAAAACGUAACGAAGUCUACGGCAAAGCUCUCUCAAGGAUGACACGUGUAAUAGAAGAAAGAAGGUGAAUAAUGAUCCAAGAGGAAUGUAAAAAUCUUGGCAUUUGUCUUUAUGUUAUACUGACGUUAUGUGUCCGCUACGGAUUUUCCGAGGGAACUGAAUCACCGGAUUUAACGUCUUUAGUUUCGACAGCGCAUGCAUCUCCCGCUGCCUAUAUUACAGAAUGGCGAUGGAUUGCCGAAGAACGAAAUACUGUCUGGGAUUCCUGGGGACCAACCCCAAGACUGGAACACAGUUUUUUUUCUCGCAAGGGUGAACAAUGGAUUUACGGCGGACAUGUCAAUGGAAAAAAUUAUACUGACCUUUGGCUCUCUAGUAAUGGCCAUCCUUGGAACGGGAUAACACUUCCCGCAGGAUUGACACAAACAGAUCCACCAAGGAAGGCUGGACUGUGUACAUCUAAGGGUGUACUCGCCUUGUACCCAUUAAAAGGCGAUACAGUAUGGCUUUUGGACAUUAAUGACAGCGCAUGGACAGCGUUUGUAUGCUUGGGAAGUUCAACGAUCAACAGCACAGUCACUACCAAAAAUAAUUGUCCUGGAGAUUUGAGUGACAAUGCAACAUCCUGGUGUGAUGGAGAGAGAGGACGAAUGUUUGUAUUCUCAACAAACAUUGUUUGGUCCUUGAGUCUAUCCUCGCCGCACUGGCUCAGCUACACUAUUCCGGAGAACGACCUGGAGAAACUAUCUCAGUGCGAAUCAAUAAUCCACGCGGAUUUAACAGAAGGGGAGAAGUCUGGUCUAUAUCUGCUAUGUAGCAAAGCUGAUGAUGGAGCAUGGAACAUUUUUAGAUUAAGAGGAUUAGAUAAGGGACUGAAAUUGGAUAAUUUGGGAAGCGUGUCUCUUCAACCGGUGAACGUAUCAUCCUUAGCUUUAACUGUGGUCUAUUGCGAUGAGACCCUUGCCCUUGUCAUUGCUCAGGAUGCCAAUAUAUCAGUAUGGGUGAUCGAAAGUAAUGGUCAUUUGAUAAAAACUGGAAACUCAUGGGUCGGGAAUACGUUGAAGCGGCUACAGAUUUAUGCAGCAAUAGACUAUUCAAUUACGUGUAAAAGCAAUUCCUAUCGACUGAGGAAUCCUCGCGUGCAACUCGAUGAAAAGACUCCUGGAAAGGAUAAGGCAUAUUGGCCCAGAAGUCGAGGAAGUUUUCGUAUGACCUUCAUCGAGUUAGGAGAAUUAACUAAGGUCGAUCAGGACGGUUUGCAUCUUUAUCAUCAUAGAAGAGCCACAGAGGCCUUGAUCUUCUUUGCACUCUGUCUAUUGAUGUUCCUAACAUUUGGAAUAGCAUGGUUCUUCAAAAGGUGCGUGACCAUUCCUACGGUACCCAGGGGCUGGCCCGGAAGUUGGGGUAGGUCAACGAGCUCUGCAGGUUUAGGCGACUGCACUCCAACUGCACGUUAUACCCCUAUACCACGAGGAGAAGUCGGUUUAAUUACUUGAUCUCACGAAGGGAAUUAAAUACUGAGAUAUGGUAGAUUUGAAAUCACGAUGAAGACAUUUUUAACGGUCACCUUGCAAACGAUAUCGCUGUUACGAUAUAUCUUGAACCUUUGAAAUGCAUUGACUAUUUUUUCGUCAAUUUCAACUCAACUAAAGUGGAAUUCCUUUACGUCGUUCGAGAUUGGUGCAGCGUGCAAUUUCGUCUGUGUUUCAUAUACAUAGAAAGAAUCAGAUUGGACUAUUUUCUUGGAGAAAAGAAACAAAUUAUACUAAUAAAACAAGUAAAAGGUACUAAACCCACAAGGAUUUAUAUUUCGUGGAUAAAAGAUGAAGUAAAUAUAAAAGCAUCGAACUUAUUAACUCUUACUCUGCAUGAUUUUUGAUAAAACAAUGUCUGUACCCACCGUAUUCUUUUGUAUUACUAUAGAAACGUAUAUAAUUGUAUAGCAACGUGAAUAAUCAAUGUGUAAAAGUAAUUACUGUAAAGGUACGAGAAACGAGAAGAAAAAGUAAAAAUAAACGUAAAAAGGAAUUACGUUUAGUUGCAUGAAACCGCAAAGCAGUAUUGUUUUAUCAUUUUAUUUCUCCCAGAUGUGAAGGCAUCAAAGUUUUCAUUUACGUCACCAUAUGGAACAGUGGGAAAAUAUUGUCUGCAACGAGUCGGGCAACGGAUAUAAUCACGUACCAAAGUAAUCACGUUGUUCCCAAUAAAAGAAAUGAAUAGUAGAUUUCUACUCUGUAUUUAAUACGUCCGCAUUGUGCAUAAUCCUUCCGUCCACAUCGCAGAAUUAAAAUUUUUAACAGAGAGUAGAAUCCAUUGAUAUUUGUAUCCCACCCGAUGGUCAAAUAAAUGUUUUAUUGAAUUCUGUA